GCGAGCGUAAUCGUCUCAAUCUCGAGUUCGCGAGCUCGACUACAAUCUCCUCGCUACUCUCCAGAAAAACGUUCCAGCAUCCGAAAAGACAGAUACACGUUGAAAGCUAUGGAUCCGCUUCCCAUUUACGACAGGCUUCGCCAACCAUCAUCAAACUACGCAUAGGUAUGGCCCAUUCUAGUCCUAACGUUUCUCGACAGACUAUCGACCAUCAACACCUGCUUCCCGACGAGUUUGCUACAAAACAAAAUGCCGAAUCGAUAACCCAGCGUUUGCCUGCAUGGCUCGUUGAUUCACUUUCAUUCUCUCCAAAAUGCUGGGUGGUCUUUCCUACUGAUGCAUGCCUCGAAAAGGGGCUACCCUUGCUCAUUGCCAACCUACCAGUCUUGAUCUUCCCAUCGGUAUGGUCGCCUGCCAUUUUACCCUUUAAUGGAUUAGCACCUCCGAACGAUCCAGUUCCAGAACCCAUCGAUCCGACCAAGCCUCUCCGAGACCAGCAUAUCCUUCUGCUUGCCAAAACGUUUCCAAGCGCAACCGGUAUCCUCAAAUUGUUCUCCCCAGAUAUCGUCGUGUACUACGAGACAGUGAAAGAAUGUCGGGAUCUUUUCCUUGUUGCGCCAGAUACGUUUGGUGGAUUGUCGGUUCAUAUUGGGCAUGGCUAUGCGCCAACGAGAGUUUCGCAGAGGAUAGGGGAGGAUGUCCAGCAACGGGUCAUCGAUGUUUUCGACAAAGAUGGACCAAACCCUCUUGCCUACAACACUCUCUUGCGAACAUUGACGACAAGCGCAGCCCCCAAAGCUCGUUCAUAUCCUCAAUCUUCGCAACAGCUACCGUCACCGCCACUGCUCGGCAUCUCCAUUGGAGAAGCCAUCGUACGAAAAGUCCGCUUUGGUGAAAAAGAGACUCAGAAUUAUGCAUCCGUAUGCAGGCUUGAAGAAGGCCAUCCAGAACGGGAGGCCGUGGUGAAGUUGUUUUCAAGAUCAAUGCUCUGGAGAACAGCUGGCUCAGUCAUGGAGCGAACUGGGUCACCAAUCGCAAUCGCUGCUACUGGUGAGGUUGUCGGAUUUCAAAGCUGGAAAUGGAGAAAGGCUUGCUUGGAUUCGGGACUUCGACGCUGGGUUAAAAGCCUGCUUGGGUUGGAUGAAUAUGAGCAUGUCGUUGAUUCCCGGUGUAUGAUAUAUGGGUCGUAUAGGCUGGAUAUGGAGAUUCAUCCUAGGGAUGGAAUUGGUACUACAAGCCUAACAAGGGAUACUGGUGAGAGGGAGGAGGAUGGGUUUAGGUUGGAGGAUAUCGAUAUGAGUAUAUUUAAUUAGGGACCGA